AAGUCUGGAUGCGCCGCGUUUGGCCACUCCUGUUUCGGUGCUCAUGGCAAAAGAGCCCUCGGGGUUGCCAACCCGGAAGACGUACUUCCGGAAAACGAAGCCCAUCUGGUGAUGGAAGACGAUUUGUCAGCCCUCGUUCUCAGCUUUGACCUACCAGGACUCACCUCGUUUGACGACGUCUCGAGAGGAAACGACGCUCGGGACCACCACCGCUUACGCGUCUCUGAGUCACUGGCCCACGACGACGUCCUACAAGCUGAUCAUCAGCAGGAUGAGCAAAUGCUGGAGGAUGACCUCAGAUUCAGGAAUGUCCGCCUCAGGCCUCAUCAGUGGUGGUGGCGAAUGCGCAGAGACUCAGUGACCGGGUGCUGCUGCAGGAUGAAGCUGAUCAUCAGCAGGAUGAGCAAAUGCUGGAGGAUGACCUCAGAUUCAGGAAUGUCCGCCUCAGGCCUCAUCAGAGGUUCCAAGGCAGAAGGAAACUGGUUAACCGACGUCAACUCCUCAUACCUAAUCAGGACACCAGCAUCGAAAUGGACCAGAGUUUCAUGGAGAAUGAAGACUGAAUCGCCAGCAAGAAGAAGAAGAAAAGAAGAGCGAGCUGAAGUUUGGCGAAGAGUUCAACUGGACACCUUCCUUUUACCUUCUGUCGCAAAAUCAAGGCGCAAGCUUGAUCCCAACAUGGCAGCGGCCAUCAAGGAAUGGAAAGCAGUUAAACAGAAAGAAAUGGAAAUCCAGGGAAACGGCAAUGGAAUGGAGACACUUUUCUCGACGAGUUCUUUUCUUCCGGCAAAGGUA